GUUUGAAUUCCAAGACAAACCUAAUUUGCCUUUCAUUUGGAUACAAAUUAACCUGAGGAAAAGCUGAUCUUCAAAUACAUCUGCAGAUGUGGAGUGCUGCUUCAUGCUCUGCCUUUUACAAGAACUUAGACCAGUCAGCACUGUGCACAACUAAACUGGCAAACGGUCACAGUCCAAACAUGUAUUGAACACAAUUAGAAAACGUCCGGAGCAAUUUUAUCUAAUCUGCUGUGAUAGUGAGGAAAAAAGGAGGACUGCUACCAAAUCAAGUACUUCUACUACGGAUCAGAGAUACCAUAGUAGCUCUCAGGACACGGUGAUAACUUCACAGAACACUGCCAGACUACAGAUAUUUUCUUAUCUGCAGUUUUAUUUCAUGACUAUUGAGGAUUUUCAAAGUCUCUUUGAUACAUAAUGUCAUAACUAUGAGUUUUAACCUGUUUUAAUGCCAUUGCAUUGAUUUUCUCCACCCAUGCACACAUUGGCAGGGUGUUCCUGCACUAUCGUACAUUCAUGCUCCUACAAAAACAAUGGAAAAAUUGAUUUCUUCAUUUCCUAUUCCGAUCACAGUGUUUGUUCCUUCUUAAGCUCCAUAAAAGUCCCGUUUUAUAGUUCACGUGGCUAACAGUCUGACAUGGCUGUUCAUUCAGUGGUAGUGACUCAAGCUUUCAGUGAACAUUACAAUAGAGUAAAAACAUAAACAGAAUAGUUUAAGUUCAAUGUCCAUUUGGUAGCUCAUUUUUUUCCUCUGAUCUUUCUUAACCUUUACAAACAUUAACAGUAAGUGCCAUUUUACAUUAACUCUGAGAAUUUACGGGAUUGGAUCAUUCUCAUUAGGAGUGACUAAAACUACAUAAACCACCAAAAGCCCUCACCUAAUAGAUCACUAUGACCAAAUGAUUAACAGAUCAAAUGAAAUGCGUUUCUACACAUGACUUAAGAGAUAAGAAAGCAUGUAAUUAAGCUAAAAAAGGAAGCAGUAAUCAUGUAUGACACAUGAAGAAGAUGUCAAAGCAGCAGCUGUUAUCCAAACCGCCCUGCCUGCUGAUAUUCCUACUCACUAACCUGAAGCUGGACACUAUAAGGAUCCUCAAAUAUGUGUGAUCCAGUCACUUCAUUUCCUAAAGGAUUGGAAACCUCAUGAUAACAAAGAAUGUUUGGCUCUUGUUUGGCUCCACAACGACAGCACAACCUCAGAAACACCACAGCAUCACGACCUUUGACAGUCACUUAAAUUAUGGCUGACUUCAGUGUGUCCUUGAUGGAUUAUUAACUAAAGUGGACUAAUCUUUAUAGACUCCUGAAAGCAUCACAGUCGACAAGAUUCCUGCCACACGCAAGAGCGGUACUUAAAGUAUUUCAUUGCUGUCCUAUCAGUCAGACAAGGAGAACCCUGAUAAUUGACUGGAAAAACGGGGGGGAAAAGAAGAAUCAAACCUUUAAAUCUUUUGAUUUUUUUCUUUGUUGGUGGUUUAAAAUGACGCAUUGGUACUGGACAUGAGAAGAGACUGAGGACGAUUCAGAGGGAAGAACAUUACAUUUUGACAGUAUUACAUAAUACAGAAGCUUCUGUCAAACUAACCAUGGUUGGAACAGGUGGCCCAGUGGAUACCUUCUCAGUGUGGGAUUAUGUGGUGUUUGCUGCAACUAUUUUGGGGGCAGCUGGCAUUGGCCUUUUUCAGGCCAUCAGAAGCCGUAAGGAGUCCAGCAGUGCAGAGUUCUUGCUGGGUGGAAGACAAAUGACAGCUGUGCCUGUUGCCAUGUCACUCACUGCUAGCUUCAUGUCUGGAAUCACAGUCAUUGGCACACCUGCCGAGGCUUACCGGUUUGGAGCAGCCUUCUGGCUCUUUGGCUUCUCUUAUGCCAUCAUGUCUGCCAUCACAGCUGAGAUCUUUGUUCCACUUUUCUACAGACUGGGAAUCACCAGCGCCUAUGAGUACCUGGAGUUGCGCUACAGCCGGCCCAUUCGAAUAAUUGGAACAUCAAUGUACAUCGUACAGACGGCACUGUACACGGGUUUGGUCAUCUAUGCUCCAGCUCUCGCACUAAAUCAAAUCACAGGACUGGAUCUGUGGGGAGUGCUGGUGGCUACAGGAGCAGUGUGCAUCCUCUACUGUGCUUUGGGCGGACUGAAAGCAGUAAUCUGGACAGACGUGCUGCAGAUGGUGAUCAUGCUGGCGGGUUUUGUGGCUGUGAUUGCUAGAGGAGCUGUUUUACAGGGAGGCCUGACGAAGAUUUGGAAAGACGCGGGCGAGGGAGGCCGACUAGAGGCGUUUGAUUUUGACCCAAAUCCCUUGAAGCGACAUACUUUUUGGACCAUAGUAGUCGGAGGCAGCAUCAUGUGGACUUCUAUCUACUCUAUCAACCAGUCCCAGGUGCAGCGCUACAUUUCUUGCAAAACUUUAGGACACGCCAAGAUGUCUUUGUAUGUCAACAUGGUUGGGUUGUGGGUAACUGUGAGUUUGGCUGUGUUUUCUGGCCUCACCAUGUACUCCAUUUACAAGAACUGUGACCCACUUACAAACCGAGAUAUAAGUACCCCUGACCAGCUGCUGCCAUACCUGGUGAUGGAUAUGCUGGCAAUCUUCCCUGGAAUCCCUGGAUUAUUUGUGGCAGCUGCGUACAGUGGUACUCUAAGCACGGUGUCCUCCAGCAUUAACGCUUUAGUGGCCGUCACGGUAGAAGACUUCAUCCUCCCUGUGUGCAAAACCCUCACACAGAGACAGACCACCGUGAUGAACAUGGGCCUCAGUGUAUUUUAUGGAGCCCUGUGUAUUGGGAUGGCUGGCGUGGCAUCACUUAUGGGAAGCAUUUUGCAGGCAGCUCUGUCCAUAUUUGGCAUGAUCAGCGGGCCUCUGCUUGGCCUUUACCUGUCAGGCAUGCUUUUCCGCACUACAAAUUCAAUAGGUGGACUUGUGGGAAUGGUCAUUGGUUUGAUUUUGACUCUGUGGGUGGGGAUUGGGGGCCAGAUUUACCCACCAACGGAGGAUAAGACCAACCCUCUGCCACUCAGCACUGCAGGCUGCAACUACACAAAUGGCCAAGACUACACAACUUUAGCUCCCUGGACCAGUCCAGUGCCAACACAGCCUGAUGUCAGACCACCUUUGGCAGACUCCUGGUACUCUCUGUCCUACGUCUACUUAUCUCUUUUGGGCAUGCUGACUACAAUGACGACUGGUCUGCUAGUGAGCGCGAUGACAGGUGGAUGUAAGCAAGAAAAGAUUAACCCUGAUCUGUUUGUGAAGAAGAGUGACCUGAUCUGCUUCAGUUGGUGUAGUAAAUCAGAGGAUUCAGAGGUCAAAGAAAAGGACAUGACAGACUUUUACUCAGGAGCUGACAACCUGUCAUACAGAAACUAUGACAUGAAGAGUAAAGAUGUUGAAAAAUCCACCAGACUCUGAUGUUGCCAGCAUGAUACACUGCCCUU